GACUCAGAAUGGCUGAUAUCCGUGUCUCCAUUGACCGUGGCGGCACCUUCUGCGAUGUCGUCGCCCAUGUCGACGGACGCGAACCAAUCAUCUUCAAGCUGCUCUCAGAAGACCCGGCAAACUACAGAGAUGCGCCAACUGAGGCAAUCCGGAGGGUACUCGAGCUCGUCGAAGGCAGGCCCAUUCCGGUUGGUCAGAAGUUAGAUGGGACAAGGAUAGCGGGCUGCAGAGUCGGCACGACAGUCGCAACCAAUGCUCUUCUCGAGCACAAAGGCGACAAGUUCGCCUUCAUGACAACCAAAGGAUUCGCUGACAUCUGUGUCAUUGGUGACCAGUCUCGCCCAAAGCUGUUUGAUCUCAACGUCCGGAAACCUAAGGCACUUCACGACACUGUGGUCGAAGUGGACGAGAGAGUGACAAUCGAGGACUAUGAUCUCAAUCCAGCGCCUCUGGAUUUCACUGGUCCUAUAACGGAUCCUGCUCUGGUCAGGACGCAAAGUGGCGAAGUGAUCCGUGUCAUUACGCCCCUCACCGAGAACACAGUAUGCCAGCAGCUGCAACAACUACGAAAUAAGGGCUAUGAGUCCCUAGGCGUUGCAUUCAUGCAUGCGCAUGUCUUCCCUGAUCAUGAAGCCAGAGUUGCGCAACUAGCAAAGGAACUUGGUUUCAAGUACGUGACAACGUCGUCAGAGACCAGUCCUGUCAUCAAGCUCCUCAACCGCAGCAACUCGACCUGCUCAGAGGCCUAUCUGUAUCCCAUCAUCCGGAGAUACGUCGAGAACUUCGAGGCCGGAUUCGAAAUUCAGCCGCAGCGAGUUGAGUUCAUGUGUAGCGAUGGAGGCUUGAAGCAGGCGCAAAAGUUCAAGGGCAACGAGGCGCUCCUGAGUGGCCCGGCUGGUGGUGUCGUCGGCAUUGCCCGAUCCUGUUAUGACAAAGACGAUGGCACUCCGAUCAUUGGCUUUGACAUGGGUGGCACAAGUACAGAUGUAUCAAGAUUUGAUGGAAAGUACGAUCACUUGACGGAGACCACUAUUGCUGGAAGGACGAUAUCUGUGCCUAUGCUCAACAUCGCCACCGUUGCAGCGGGCGGCGGCUCGAUCCUGUUUGCAAGAAGCGGGCUACUUGUUGUCGGGCCGGAAAGUGCUGGCGCGCACCCAGGUCCAGCAUGCUACAGAAAAGGCGGCCCACUCACGGUCACGGAUGCGAAUCUGUUCCUCGGCCGUCUCGUAGUUUCCUCGUUCCCUUCCAUCUUCGGCAAGAACGCAGACGAACCGCUCGACGCAGACGUUGUCGCUGAGAAGUUCCAGGUCAUCACCAAAGAGUUCAACGAGCAGACUUCGCAAAAGUUGACUGCAGAAGAGGUCGCCUCCGGCUUCUUAAAUGUAGCAAAUGAAGCGAUGAGUAGACCGAUCCGAAAUGCUACGGAGGCCCGAGGUUUCACUCCUGAGAAGCACAACCUCGUCAGUUUCGGAGGAGCCGGUGGCCAGCACGCGUGCGCCAUUGCCGAGAAGCUGGGCAUCAAGCGCAUACUGAUACACAAAUGGUCCUCGCUCCUUUCGGCCUACGGCAUAUCACAGGCCGAGCUCCAAUACGAGACCUACGAGCCAUAUGCCGGCAAUUUCUCAAUGGACGUUCUCGAUGCCGUUCGCACACGGUUGCAGAUACUCCGUAAAAAGGCGUCCCUCGAGCUGACAGCCCAGGGUGCCACGGAGACUUCGUUGUCCUUUGACGAAUCGCUCGUUCUGCGCUAUUUCGGCACCGACACAACGAUAACAGUAUCGAAACCCGCUGACGAAGAUUAUGGCAAGGCCUUCAAGUCACUGCACUUGCGAGAAUUCGCAUUCAACUUAGAGCGAAAAAUUGUUAUUGACUCAAUCAAGGUGAGAGGCACCGGUAGUGCUGUUGCCGUCGAAGAAGACGCGAGCGCCCUCAAAGAGCUAUCUGCAGUGCAACACAGCGUGAAGGAGGCCAAACCACAAUCUGAACAGCGUCUGUACACCGAUGGAAAGUGGCAAAAUGUUGGUGUGUACCGCCUUGAGGAUAUUCCUAAGCAGACAGUGGUGCCGGGUCCAGCACUGAUCAUCGACAAAACUCAAACGAUCGUGGUCGAAUCACAAUUCAAGGGCUACAUCUUGUCCAGCCACGUUGUCCUAGAACGGGACGAGGCCAAAGAAAUUGAGAAGCCAGUCGCAGAGGCUGCGCAGCUGGACGAAACGAUCAAUCCAAUCCAGCUUUCGGUCUUUGCACACCGCUUCAUGUCCAUUGCAGAGCAGAUGGGCAAUACGCUACAGAGAACAUCGAUAUCGACAAGUAUCAAGGAGCGUUUGGAUUUCUCUUGUGCCAUCUUCUCGCCGGACGGCAAGCUCGUGGCCAAUGCGCCUCAUAUUCCCAUCCACCUCGGCUCAAUGCAGUUCGCGAUACAGUAUCAGCACAGGCUAUGGGCUGGCAAGCUCAAGCCUGGAGACGUUCUUCUUACCAACCAUCCACAGACCGGCGGCACACACCUUCCAGAUCUUACUGUCGUGAGCCCAGUCUUUGUGGACGACAAGAUUGCGUUCUACGUUGCCUCCCGAGGUCACCACACCGACAUUGGCGGCAAGGGCAUCACGUCGAUGAUGCCGGAGAGCAAAGAGCUGUGGGAGGAAGGCAUCAACAUCAAGUCAAUGAAGAUUGUUUCUGGCGGCGAAUUCCUGGAGGAGGAUAUCCGCGCCGCGUUCGACCGGGCGGGCAGCUUCCCAGGUUGCAGUGCGACCCGCCGGAUCAACGAUAAUCUAAGCGACCUGAAGGCCCAGAUUGCUUCGAAUCAGCGCGGUAUCACACUCCUAGACAAGAUGUGUCGCGAGUUUGGGCUCGGCGUCGUACACACAUACAUGUUUGGCAUCCAAGCCAACGCAGAGGUCGCCGUGCGCGACUUUUUCAAGCGAAUCGCGCGGGACCAUCCAAAGCCAUUGACGGCGACCGAUUACUUUGACGAUGGCACCGCUCUCAAGCUCAAGAUCACGAUCGACCCAAAUACCGGCGGCGCGAUCUACGACUUUGCUGGCACCGGCCCACAGUCCUGGGGCAACUACAACUGCCCAAUCUCUAUCACGCACUCGGCCAUCAUCUACACAAUCCGAUGCCUCGUCAACGUCGACAUACCUCUCAACGAAGGCUGUCUAGCCCCCGUAGACAUCCGCGUCCCCCGCAAUACCAUCCUCAAUCCUAGUCCAGCAGUCGCGGUGUGCGGUUCCACGCUCGCCAGCCAGCGCGUCGUCGACACCAUCCUCCGCGCUUUUGGGCGAUGCGCAGCCAGCCAGGGCUGUGCCAACAGCUUUGGCUGGGGCAUGGGCGGCCGGGACCCGGCUACGGGCAAGAUUGUGCCUGGCUGGUCAUACGGCGAGGCUCUCGGUGGUGGUGUGGGCGCCGGGCCGGGCUGGCAUGGCGAGAGCGCGGUCAACGUGCACUCCACCAACACGCGCAACACGGACGCAGAGGUGAUUGAGAAGCGCACGGCGGUCAUCGUGCGGCGAUACGCGGUGCGCAAGGGGUCUGGUGGUAGAGGCCAGUUCAAUGGCGGAAACGGCACGAUCAGGGAAAUCGAGGCCCGGAUCCCCCUCAAGUGUAGUAUCCUGAGCGAUCGCCGGGUCUAUGCGCCGUAUGGUAUGAAUGGCGGGCGACCAGGAAAGAAGGGAGAGAACUAUGUGUUCAAGUUUAGUGUUGGUGAUGAGGACGAGGGGGAGGACGAGGACGAGGAGCAAGAUCCCGAGAUCAAUGGGCACGGUGCCGGUGACAAGGAGUCGUCCAUGAAGAAGAUCGCUCUCGGAGGCAAAGCUGUGGUGAACCUCGAGCCUGGCGAGAUCAUGCAGAUCAACACGCCCGGCGGUGGUGGCUGGGGCAAGCCAGACUGCGAUGACUCGGAGUACGAGGACGGCCCGUGAUAUAAUUUGGGACUUGCUAGCAAGCUGAACGAAGUCGUUCCAGACAAGACGGGUUGACACGGAUGUGAUUAGUAGGCUGGGUGCUCUCAGUCUUUGAAAUAUUAAAAUACGCUUCUGCUGGAUUUGGACCCCAUUCUUGGACACAAUAUCAUCGAUUUUUCACCUUGAAAUCCAACGACACUGGAGGGCAUUGUUGAUAUCUUUCUCACAUGUCUGUAUUUCGAUCAGACCUCUCCAUUUACGUCCACACAGCUGAACUUAUGCGCGCUAACAAGAUCUCGUGGAUGCUUUGUCAAUCACAGGUACCGUAUUUGACAUC